CUGUCAGAGAAACACGAAAUAAUUGUUGAUGGUAUUUUAAACCAACUAAAAAAUCUGUUAAAAAAGUGAAAAAUAUAACAUAUGUUUGCAAAAAUUUAUAAUUAUAUUACAAAGGUGUUAUAAAAAUUUAAGUAAUAUAUGUUACAUAUUUUUGAAACGAAUUUCAUACAACUGCGAAACUAACAUAAAAUGUUGCAAAUGGCGUUUGCAUUGAUUUUAAAUGCAUUUAUUAAUAAUUAUUUGUUUACUACAAUGCGAAUGGAAAAAAUUGGUUUCUCAUUCUUCGAGAAGUAAUAUAAAAGUUUUUUUAGUUGCAAUUAAAUAUACUUUUAAAAAAUGCCUGUUAGAAGAGCAGCUGAUCCCAUUUGCGUUCAACAUGCAUGGGAUGCCGUUAGGUUUGCAAAUUCGUCCCAUUUGACGAGUAAUUUAUCUGUAAUGGUAAAAUAUUUACAAAAAGUAGAAAAUUGUACUGUAAAUCAAGCAGAACUGCACAUUAAGCAAUGCCUUCAAGAUGGACUUCUCAUAUCACUACAUAAGUUAGGUACCAAAGGCUCGAAAAUCGGAGUUCCUGUAGAAGUAUAUAAAAUUCCUCUUGAAGAUUUUGAAAAAUCACGUUGCGACGAUAAGGACUGGUACUGUAUUGAAUGUCACUUAGCGGGAGAUGUCACUCCUUGUGGACGAUGCCACCGAGUUUUCCAUUCGGAAUGCACUACCGUUUCCAAGAAAAAAUUUAAUGAUUUUCAGAAUAUUUCGAAAACGUGCAACAAUUACAAUAUAAAAGCGACUCUGGAAAAUCGACUAAGUUCGCUUAAUAGCUCCACUUCCAGCGUCAUAUCAGACGUAAGCUUGAACGAUUUUGUCGAAGAAACAAACAAAAUGCCGGAUAAAGAAAAUAUACAAGAUAACGAGAAGAAUACCGAUAGCGCUUGUAGUUUGGUUGGAAUUUUCGAAUCUUUCGAUAAAAUGGAAGACGAUACUUUAGAAAACAUGGAAAAUUUAGUAGACAGUGCAAUAGAGGACAAGGACAAAAAGAAAGAUUCAUCUCCUGUAGAAGUUGUAGAAAGUAUUGAAAAUAAAAAUGAGACUGGAGUUACAAGUGAUAAUGUAGAAAACACAAAUGGAACCGAUUCAAAAGGGAAAAAUGGUUAUGAUGAAAGCCUAUGCAGAAUUUGUAAUUUAUUUGAUUCUCAAGAAGAUGUAUCCUUAGAAAAGAAAGAACUCAAUUAUCUGUUGAUGUUUGUACUCAAAAGAAUCAGAUCCUGGAUUCCAGCCUGUUUGACAGAUAAAAUGGCUCCGAAUGAAAAACCUAAUUGGUUAACAGAAGAGGAGGUCAAAUGGAGGGUGUCACGAUUAUUUUAUGAAAAUAUAGACAUGUCCACAAUAGAAGAAAAAUUGGAAUCUGAAAGUUAUAGCAGGGUGUGCGAAUUUAUGGCUGAUGUUGUAACUGUUCAACAUAAUGUGGCAAUUUUUCACGGAAUUGAAUCGCAAGAAUAUGGCGCUGCUGAACUUAUGUACGAGGACUGUAAUUACGACCUGUCGGAAUUACGAAAUUGUGUCGACUGCUACCGACACAGUAACGAAAAGGGCAAUAGUAAAUGGUUUUCAUUACCUUGCCGAGUACCGCACAAACUAGUUUGGGCUAAGCAGAAAGGAUAUCCUUAUUGGCCUGCAAAAGUAAUCAAAGAGGCAAAUGGCAAAUAUGACGUCCGUUUCUUUGGAGGAAAUCAUGAACGAGCUUUGUUACAAAGGGUUUUCAUUAAACCGAUCUCAACACCCAUGAAAAAUCUUCAGAUAAAGAAGAAUGCUGCAUUUAAUAGAGCUAUGGAUGAACUAAUGUUUCAUCAGAGGUUGAUCGAAAAUCCUAGCGAAGUGAAUCUGUUAAAUCAAAAAAUUAAGACUGAACGAAGACCGAAAGAGAAAAAGGUGCCACUACACGUUCCUAGGCCGAGAUCGCAAAUGUCUAAGAAAGUGGAAAGCAUGUCUCCGUCUGAAGAUGAUGUUUUCACGUUCGACGAAAUGUGUGACGAUUUUGAAAAUAGUUUUGCCAAACGGAUAGCUAAAAGGAAACUUUCUCGUAGUCCAUCAACAGGUUCAGUGAAAGCUGUGAAGAAAAAGGUACUAGUUUCUGGUCCUCCUGUAAUAAGAAACCUACCAAUAAAAACAGCCAAACGCUCUACCAGUGAUGUUAUUAACUUAACAUCAGACGGAGACGAAGAUGUAUCCUUCAAGGAUGAUGACCAGUUUAGCCCAGGAUAUGGCGAAGUAAGUAGCUCGACAGAACAUAUCAAACUUUCCGAAGACGGUGUUAAAGAAGUCGGUGAUGGUAUCAUGCAGCAGUUAGACAGACAAUACAGCGAAGCGGUAGAAAGACUUUUUUUUUCACAGACCAAACAAAAAUUAGAAAAGUGCAAGGAUAAAAAGCAACUCAUCAAAGUAGCUCUUGACAGUAUGCAAGCAGAAAUCGACAGAAUAAAUAACGAUCAUGACGACUAUUUGAAGAAAAUUUUUGAAGCUCAUAAUCAGGAAAUUUCACAAACGAAGAAGAAGCAGUGGUGUUACAAUUGCGAGCAGGAUGCAAUUUAUCACUGCUGUUGGAAUACUGCAUACUGCUCGCCAACAUGCCAGCAACAGCAUUGGCAAGCUGAACACAAGAAAGUGUGCCGAAGGAAGCUUUUUAAAUUUCAGAUAAAGAAGAAUGCUGCAUUUAAUAGAGCUAUGGAUGAACUAAUGUUUCAUCAGAGGUUGAUCGAAAAUCCUAGCGAAGUGAAUCUGUUAAAUCAAAAAAUUAAGACUGAACGAAGACCGAAAGAGAAAAAGGUGCCACUACACGUUCCUAGGCCGAGAUCGCAAAUGUCUAAGAAAGUGGAAAGCAUGUCUCCGUCUGAAGAUGAUGUUUUCACGUUCGACGAAAUGUGUGACGAUUUUGAAAAUAGUUUUGCCAAACGGAUAGCUAAAAGGAAACUUUCUCGUAGUCCAUCAACAGGUUCAGUGAAAGCUGUGAAGAAAAAGGUACUAGUUUCUGGUCCUCCUGUAAUAAGAAACCUACCAAUAAAAACAGCCAAACGCUCUACCAGUGAUGUUAUUAACUUAACAUCAGACGGAGACGAAGAUGUAUCCUUCAAGGAUGAUGACCAGUUUAGCCCAGGAUAUGGCGAAGUAAGUAGCUCGACAGAACAUAUCAAACUUUCCGAAGACGGUGUUAAAGAAGUCGGUGAUGGUAUCAUGCAGCAGUUAGACAGACAAUACAGCGAAGCGGUAGAAAGAACCAAACAAAAAUUAGAAAAGUGCAAGGAUAAAAAGCAACUCAUCAAAGUAGCUCUUGACAGUAUGCAAGCAGAAAUCGACAGAAUAAAUAACGAUCAUGACGACUAUUUGAAGAAAAUUUUUGAAGCUCAUAAUCAGGAAAUUUCACAAACGAAGAAGAAGCAGUGGUGUUACAAUUGCGAGCAGGAUGCAAUUUAUCACUGCUGUUGGAAUACUGCAUACUGCUCGCCAACAUGCCAGCAACAGCAUUGGCAAGCUGAACACAAGAAAGUGUGCCGAAGGAAGCGUUAAAGUAUAAAAACUGAACUAAGGGAAAUUAUGCCAGAAAAGAAAAAAUGUAAUCAUUACGACCAUUUAGUCAUUUUUCUCUAUUUUAAACGAUAAAGU